AUGUCAAGUUACUUUGUAAAGUCUGAUGCUAGAAAUUGCAAGAGACCAAGAGAAUCGGAGCCUCACAUGCCAGAUAGUCCACAGCAGUCUUCUCUUGGGAAGUCAGAUUCCUUUCGCCCUGGACUAUUUUUUAAAGAUGAAACCCUAGAUAAAGAUUUAAAUGAAUCGAGCAAGGAAAUUAGUUUAAUGCUGGUUGCUUAUGCAAAGAUCUUAAGUGAGAGAGCAGAAGUAGAUGCAUCUUAUAUUGACGAGCUAGAUGAACUCUUCAAAGAAGCCAAUGCUCUUGAAAACUUUAUAGUACAAAAAAGAGAAUUCCUGAGACAGAGGUUUACAGUGAUUGCAAAUACACUGCAUAGAUAA